GAAACGGCCAGUUUGAAAAGUUGUGGAUACAGAUUUACACUUUUCUCUGUGCUCACACUUCUUCUAAAGAAAUAGAGCACAAGUCGCAGACGCAGACGACACGUGUGCCAAAAGAUGUCUUCUGAUGAGGAGGAACCGGGUAGUCCAGCCCUGCCUCAAGAUUCGGACCGGGGGAGCUCUGUGUCCUCCGAGCUACAGGAUGAGUAUGAGCAACUUCUUCGGCACGCUGUAGUGACCCCCAAGUUUGAGCCGAACGGUUCUCAACUGCUUCAGCCGUCUCCACUGUCUGGGCUGUCACAAAACCACCCUCUGACUCAGGGACAGACAUCCCGGGCUACUGAAGAGGACAGUGGAAGGCACUCAGGGACAGGCAGAGGUGUGGCAUCUGCUCGAGCGAGUCCCCACCACCAUCAGCAUUCCCCUCGGCUCGAGGCAACAGAAGACUUGGAGAUGAUGCGUAGAUCUCCAGGCAGUGAGCGCCUACGAAGGUCCCCGUCACCGCGUUCAGCAGUGGUCACGCCCAGGUCCGACAUCGCUGAUGCGGUCUUUACUGUGGAGACCGAGGUGUCCGUUUCUGAGGAGAACAUGUCCAGAAUGGAGAACCUCUUGGAUAUGUGGAGCAGUGACCUGAAGACCAACGUGCUGAUGGAACUGAGGAAGUGGAAGUUGGCGUUUGCCGAGCAGCACAAGCUGGUCCUGAGGAAGGAGAGGGAGGCCCACGCGGCUAACAUGGCUGCCCAGAACGCAGAGAUGGACAGCCUCCGCGACCUUUUGCACACCUACGAGAUCUCCAGCCAGCGGAAGGAUGAGGUGAUUAAGAACCUGAGCCUGGCCCUUGACAGACAGCGGGAGCGGCUGGAGAUGAUGAGGUCAUUCAGCCAGUGGAAGAUGAGGUGUGGAGCCGCUCGAGAAGAGGCCCAGGCUGAGCGGCUGGCCCAGCAGCACUACAUGCUGCAGCUGAAGAGGAAGGUGUGGGUGGGCUGGCACUCCCUCAUCUCGGGCCGCUGGAAGGAGCGCGUGGAGAAGGCCUGCCGCGCCCGCGCUGAGGAGGUCUGCUCCCAGCUGGCCAACGACUACGAGGCCAAGCUCACAGAGAGCAUGGAGGCGCUGCAGAGGGCUCAGACGGAGAUCCAGAAGCUGCACGUGGAGAAGGAGAACUACGAGGAGUCCAUGAAGAAGUCCUUCAUGAGGGGCGUCUGCGCUCUCAACAUGGAGGCCCUCGGCAUGUUCCACCACGGGGGACAGGGAGUGGGGCAGGGUGGACGCCUGGCGCCACACAACGCAGAUGCCCCUCCCCCGCGUGAUGACCUAGGCUUUGCCUCAUUGGCCGCAGGCCUGCAGCAGCAGCAGCAUCAGCAGCAGCGUCCCUUCUCCUCCUUCUCUGACGGUGCGUUCGGCAUGGAGAGCCAGGGGGGGCCCAGCCAGGGCCAAGGCCCAGGGCCCUCGUCCCGCACUGACAUGGACCGCAUGUCUCCUGGCCCAAGCCUGUUCCUGUCUCAGAUGGGCGCGGGGUCCAGCAUGGCCCUUCCCAGGGCCGAACCCGCGUACCAUCCCCCGGCCACCGCCACCAUCACAGCAGCAGGGGCCAGCUCAUCGGCACACAGACAGGCAGGUGCGCGGGCAGCUACAGCAGGUCCCCAGAGGCCCGGCAGGACGGUGACGGCCCGUGUGACGGGGCGUGCUGACGGGGGGGCCCGGGCCACUGUCCCCAGCAGCGUACGGGUCACCCCCAGCGGACAGGCCCUGUCCACCAACGUAGUGGUGGAGCGCCACCACCCAGCCUCUCAGGUAACAGUGGGGCAGGCAGGAGGCAGGUACCCGCGCAGCGUGCAUCAGGGACAGGCCCUGCCCAGCAGGAGCUCCAGCAACCACUCCAGCACUCACAUCCACGCAGUCAAGGUGGUGGAGUAAACACACACACACACUCUCUCUCUCUCUCUCUCACACACACACACAGGCCAUUGAUGCGCACACGCACACACACACACACACACACACACAGGCCAUUGAUGCGCACACGCACACACACACACACACACACACACACACACACACACACACACACACAUACACACACACAGGCUAUUGAUGCGCACACACACGCACGCACGCACACACACACACACACACACUCGUACAUGUUUAGCCUAGUAAUCAAGAUUUGUUUUUAUUUUUCAGUUUGUCGCUCCAUACUAUCCAGCAAUAAAUUCAUACAUAAAUACAUAACACUAGUACAGUAUAUAUUAGUGUAUGCCACAGACCAAAGCAAGUACACACAAGAAGGACAUGAGAUUUUUUUUUAUUCUGAUGAAAAUGUCUUUCGAGGCAUUCUUGUCUCAUAUAAUCAUAUCUUUUACUUUUGGAGUUUCCGAUGUAAUAAAUUCUCCUAUUAAAAUGUUUCAUGUGUUAGGGGGGUGGACUGACACAAGCCAUGCUUCAACCAAGCUCAAUUUUAAUACAUUGCGUUGUUGAUAUUCAUUUUGAUGUUGAAGAUACUUGAAAUAUUUAUUUUUUUAAUUUAUCGUUCUGGAAUAAUGAGCCGUCCUGAUUAAGUUUUGUUGUGCAAUCAUUUUAAUGUGUUGUGGUUUUGUAAACAUCUCUCUCUGUAUUGGUCACAAACUUGAAUUUGGUAUUCUUGUGGUCUCUGUAUAGACAAACAAUAAAACAUCUGAAUGAGUU